CAGGAGGAAUAUGCAGACGCACCUUGCAAUAAAUGACAUAAAUAAACACACUUUCUCCCGUUUUGCCCAGUGUUAUUUAAAUCUACUUGUCUUGGGUUCGUCAUAAAUUUGUGAUCAUUUAAACCCAAAAUUGCUUUAGGAUGUGCACCAACUAAAAUAUUUAGGGCAUUAAAACUGGAUUUUGCCACAUGGUUUCUGUUCACUGUCUUGGCAACUUUUUUUACAUUGAAUAUGACACUGCCAAUGGAAAACAUACUCAGUAUAAUUCCCUUUAAAAAAAACUACAAGCAUGUUGACAUGAUUCUACCUUCAUUCACUCAAAAACGUCUAGAAAUGGGCAGUUAAACUCUUCAUUAACAUCUGUUGGAACUAAACUAAGGCAACUUUAAUUUGCCUGCAAAUGUUAGAUAACCCUCAGCCUCUGCGAUGUUAUUAAGCAAAGUGAUUUCCAUACAGAUGCGUCAUCAUUUCCUGUGCAGUCCACUUUUCCUUUUUUUCUUUCACAUUUCAUCCAGUUAUACGGAGGAGACUAUUUUCCGCAGAAAAAAAAAAAAAAAAAAAUCAGUUUUCAGGCAGUUCAGACAGAAAGCGACUCGCACUCUCUGUUAAAGAAUGGAUCAUUGAGCAAACACUGCAACAGCACACACACAGACAGGUGAGUGGGCGGUUUGCAGACAAACAUGACGGCCAACAAGGGUUCGAAGGCUGUGCCUCGAGCAGGAGGGGCUAAAGCUCCCCGGGACAUCCCCGACAGGUGCCAGUCUACAUCACCGGCUCCUGUUCUCGCUGCCAGUCAGGGGCAGAGCCAGCAGCCUCUCCUUAGUGACGGGGAAAACUCUGGGAAGCAGAGUAGGUACUUCAGGACUGACGGCAGGUUCCUGGCACGUGCUGGCUGGAACAGCAAGACCGCUACCUUGCGCAGUGGUGCAUCUCUCACUGGUGAGGCUGACUUUCAAGGCCGCCUCACCAAGUCAAAGAGCAUCAGCUGUUUGGACAACAGGCUCUCCAUCUAUAAGCCUCAGGCUCAAACCAAGUCCUGCCAGGAAGGUCAAGGCUUCCCGGAGCAACAAGGGGAACACUCUCCGGGAGAUGGACUAAACGGUAGGCCCCUGAGUUGGAGCACACUCUCACUGGGACCUUCCUCUAACCAAAGCCACAGGCGCACUCUCUCCCUCACCCGCUCGGUAGCAGGUGUUACCCCCACCACCAUCCGCAAAAAGAUCUCAGAAUGGGAGUGCCGAAGGGUGGCUCUGCCUAGGAUGAGCUUGUGUCUAGAUAAAAGAGGAGGAGAGCGUGUAGGGGGAAGUGAGGGCUGCCCCAGCCUGCUCUCUUCUCCUUGUAGCGAGAAAACGUUUGACUUUAAGGGGGUUCGCAGGAUGAGCACAGCUUUCUCAGAAUGCUCCUACACAGAGGAAGAGGAAGGGGUUUCUGACAAAGAUGGCCUAGGCCGCUUCCAGAAAAGGAUAGGGAAGACAGAGUCUUCAGGAACAUAUGUACGUUCCCUGUCUGCUCGGAAGGAGAAGUCAGCGGUUCUCAACAGGAUACAAAAGAUAGAGCAAGCCCUGAAGGAGAAUCCCAGCCCAUCCCCUCCACGGUAUCUGAGUAAUUGCUACGCUCCAGACAAGACAAGACAAAAGUCUUUUGUGAUAGGUGACGACUUGGACAGUACUUGCACCAGUAAGCGCAGCAGCAUUUGCUCAGUGGCCACAGAACCAGAUGCUGUUUUGGUGCCUGAUAAGCUCUGUAAACUCAGACAAAGGUUUAGUGUGAGCUCAGCCAGGUCUGAGAGUCCAGAGCCACCGGGCCAACAGACUUCUGUCGGCACACCAGUCAACCCCUUACCUAAACCCAAACGCACUUUUGAGUACGAUGCCAAACGGGACCAGAAGAGCGUGUCGCCGGCCAAUGGACUACCUCCAAACAGAGCCCAUGAGUCUCCCCCGCCGCUGCCCUCGACCCCUGCACCCAGCGUGACUCGAAUGGUAAAGACCGAGGGGAGCACCCCAGUGAGACCACAGGACAGAGAGUCGUAUGAGUCGGAGGAUGCUACGAGUAGUCUGCCGCCUAAAGAGAAUGGCACACUAACCACAGGCACACGGAGUCGACCCAAUUCCAAAAGCACUUUAGAGGAGAAUACCUAUGAGGACAUAGUAGAGAAGGAGAACCCGUAUGAGGAUGUUGACCUGAAGCGGAAGAGUUUGGGUCGGAAGUCAUGUCUGCUGGAGAGCAACAGAUCGUGGACCACCAUGGACAGGAAGCUGAACUCUCCACCUCAGUUGCCUUCCAAACCCAGUAGCCAGUCUCUUCGCCUCCCUGGUCCGAGUGACAGGAAGAGCCACCGCCUGUCACAGUUGUCCAAACGCUACAGCCAUGAUGAAAUGCUGCUUCUCUCACAGCGGGGUGUAUCUACGUUACCUUGUGGCCUGCUGACGGAUGAUAGCCUCUGUAGCACUAGUGAUACCCUGGCCUCACACCGGCACUGGAGAAUCCCCAAGCUGGUCCAGAGGAUCAACUCCAUUUACUGCACUAAACGUGGGAAGAAGAGGCUGAAGAAGCUGUCCAUGUCCAAUGUUGAGACUGCAUCUCUGAGAGAUGACAACAGUGAGAGUGAGAGUGACUCUGAUGACAGGUUCAAAGCUCACACCCAGAGGUUGUUGAAACUGCAGUCCAUCCUUCGACGGGCCCCCAGCUACCGCACGCUGGAGCUGCAGCUCAUUGAGUGGCAGGAGAGAGAACUCUUUGAGUAUUUUGUGGUUGUUUCUCUGAAAAAGAAACCCAGCAAAAACUCCUACUCCCCAGAGGUCACCUACCAGUUCCCCAAGCUAGAGAGACCCACCAAGCAGAUGCGGGAGGCCGAGCAGAGACUCAAAGCCAUUCCUCAGUUCUGUUUUCCAGAUGCAAAGGACUGGAGUCCUGUGUCUGAGUACACCAGUGAGACCUUCUCCUUUAUGUUGACUGGAGAGGAUGGCAGCAGGAGGUUUGGGUACUGCAGACGCCUGCUGCCGACUGGGAAAGGAUCUCGCCUUCCAGAGGUGUACUGUGUCAUCAGCAGACUGGGCUGUUUUGACUUGUUCUCCACGAUCCUGGAUGAGGUGGAACGGCGGCGAGGCGUCUCAGCAGCCCUGGUCUACCCCUUCAUGAGGAGUCUGAUGGAGUCCCCCUUCCCUGCACCAGGGAAGAUUAUCAAAGUGAAGACCUUUCUGCCCGGUGCAGGAAAUGAGGUCAUCGAGCUGAGGCGGCCCACAGACUCCAGACUUGAGCAUGUGGACUUUGAUAGCCUUUUCAGUUGCCUCAGUGUACGGCAGGUGAUACGAGUCUUUGCCUCGCUGCUGCUGGAGCGUCGAGUCAUCUUUGUGGCUGAUAAACUCAGUACUCUGUCCAGCUGCAUGCAUGCAGUGGUGGCGCUGCUCUACCCCUUCUCCUGGCAACACACCUUCAUCCCCGUGCUGCCGGGCUCCAUGUUGGAUAUUGUCUGCUGUCCCACUCCCUUCCUGGUGGGGCUGCUGUCCAGCUCUAUGCCCAAACUCAAGGAGUUGCCUGUGGAAGAGGCUUUAAUGGUCGACCUGGGAACUGACCGAUUCAUUCGACAGAUGGACGACGAGGCCUCGCUGUUGCCACGGAAACUUCAGGCGGCUCUUGAGCAAGCGCUGGAGCAGAGGAAUGACAUCAUCAGCCAGGACUCUGACAGCGAGUCAGACGAAGAGUAUAACUCCUUGAACAGCCUGGUGUCGGAGGCCUUCAUCCGCUUCUUCCUGGAGACCAUCGGCCAUUACUCCCUGUUUAUCACGCAGAAUGAGCGCGGAGAGCGCAUUUUCCAAAGAGAGGCCUUCCGCAAGUCCGUGGCAUCUAAAAGCAUCCGUCGUUUCCUGGGUGUCUUCAUGGAGUCUCAGAUGUUUGCUGGGUUCAUUCAGGAUCGGGAGCUGAGGAAGACCCGGGCUAAAGGUUUGUUUGAGCAAAGGGUGGAUCAGUAUCUGGAGGAGCUGCCAGACACAGAGCAAAGUGGAGUCAACAAGUUUCUGAAAGGCCUUGGUGAGUCCUGCAGCAGACACACGAGACUAGACUCGUUGUUUUCUCCAACAGUUUUAAAUCAGGCUGCUCUUGUAUUUUCUCUUUAGCUUUGUUGAAAACCCUGACACUGCAAGAUUAGAUCACACUUUUCCAUAUUUCAAUUGCUGCUACUCAUUUGCUCUGUCCAGAUUUGAACUCAUCAGUGUUUAAUUAACAUUAUGUAAUAAUCAAGGAAAGUCUGUCAAAGGUUCAUAAUAAGGUUACAAAUGUGUUUUUCUUAGUGUGACAUCACCUGGAUGUUUGAGCCUUGCUGUGCAGAAUGAUGCAUGUGCAGAGUUUGACACCAGAAGGCUGUUUUAACAUUCAUCUGCUGAAGGGAGAAAGUUUACCUUUGCCAACUUGAAAUUUCCGUUUCAGGCCUGUAAUACUUCAUAUAAGCAGGAUGUUGUGUGUUUAUCCAGAGUAUUUUUCAUGUCUUUAAACAUGUCUGGAGGGGAUAUUUAAACAUUUUUAUCUGGAAUCCACACACUUGAGCAGAUAUUCAGAUUUCUACUUGGAUUGUAGACAGAUGCCUCGUGGUUAAAUCAGACCAAACUCCACGUAAUCUCAGCCUGGUUUAAUCCCCAUAUACAGUUUAAUAACCUGAAUAAAAUUGAAACUCUUAGAUGUUGAUGUAUUUGACAUAUUUUAAUAUAAUUGUUUUAACUAUUUUCAGGAAGUAAAAUGAAGUUUCUCCACAAAAAGAACUGAGGAGAAUUCAUCCUCCUCUUUUCAGUCGUACAACAAACUGAAGACCUGAUGUCUCAAGUCUCUGCAUUAUGAUGAUUCUCACCUUUUUAUAACGUUUUAAAAAAAAUAAACAUGUACAUAUUAUUUCACUGUAAGCUGGCUGUGAUACUCUUCAGUGUAUGUUUAUAGUACCUUAUGAGAUAGCGCUAGUAGCACGGUACUCAGCGAGUGAGCCGUAGAGUAACCACUGAUGUCCAGGUGUGCGUGUGAAGAGUGUUAUCAGGACGUGUGAGUGUAUGUGACCUGACAUGGGCAUAGAUGUACAGUUCAUAUGUUUUCAUUUUGCAUUAUUUCACCACAGUGUUGUCCUCUGUUUAAGGAGUGUAGAACCUAUUCGAAAACUGUACAUGCAUCAAGACAAUGAAGAAAAUGAUUGUAACUCUUCUUAGAGUCUUUUGCAAUCUUUUAUUAAAAACAUGUUCAAAUGCU